CUUGGUAAAGCUGCUAACAGCUGUACAACAUAUAACGGCCCCACACUCGACCUGAAAGAGUUUGAGGGGCUUCUUUCCAUGAUGCGAAAGGAGUGUGUAAAUGAAGAGUUAGACUCCCCUAAGCGCAGUAUAAGGGACAGCGGUUACAUCGACAGCUGGGAAUCGGAGCGUUCUGAUUCGCUGUCUCCUCCGAGGCACGGCCGCGAAGAUUCGUUUGACAGUCUCGACUCGUUUGGCUCACGAUCACAGAACACACCCUCACCAGACACAGUUAUUCGCUGCAACAGUGAUGACUCUGAAGGUGACGCUGGUCAAAGGAAGUUGCCAGACGUGCGCAAGGAUGACAUGUCUGCCCGUCGCGUGUCCUACAAAGAGCCUCGCGCAGCUCUGCCCUUUAAUCAGUAUCUGCCGAACAAAAGCAACCAAACCAACUACAUUCCUGCCCCCCUGAGGAAGAGGAGGAGCGAGAGAGAGGAAGACUGGAGGAGUCUAAGCAACUCAACGUCUCCUGUAGGAGGAGAAAGACCUCUCAGACAAGAGCGUGUAGAAGUAUUAAAAGAGGGGGCUGUCGCAUCUCGCAGCCUUGCGCUUCAGAAAAAUUUCACCUGGGCGGAUGAGAAAGGGGUAGAGCUUGAGGAGGCAGAGCUUAAGAAAAUGAGGAAGCUGGAAAAGGCGGGAAUUAAAGUAUUACCUGCCUCUGUGCGAUAUAACAGUCCAAUUGUGAAUCCUGUGGAGGCCAGUAAACCCAAACCACCUUCACCAGACAUCAUUCUCCGACGUGACAAUGAGUUCAUGCGGGCCACCGCUCCACAUCAGUGGGACUCGAAUGAGGAAGAUGAUGAUGAAGAAGCAGAACGGAAGGUUCCAGAUGUCCAAAAGGAUGAUCUUGCUUCUCGCAGAGCACGCAUGAAUCAAUUCAAACCCAGUGUGGCGCAUCACUUCCUGCCAGGCUCUUGUGGCUGGAAGGACCGAGAAAAAUGGGAGGGAAUCAGGCUGGCAUCCCAGCAUGCCGUGUUGGAGAGGAUGGAAAAAAUGGCACAGGAGAAAAGAAGUCAGGCUGACUCCGCCUCCCCUGAGGUGCCAAUCAUAACUCGUAAGGACAACCCUUUCCUGAAUCCUGAAAAAGACAGGGGAAAAGAGAGGGAUGAGGAAGAUGAGAAAGAGGUAGAGGGGAAGAUAGUUGUCCCAAACCCACACAAAGAUGAUCUUGCAAGGAGGCGGACUGGGGGAGGGCCACGCCCUCCCAAAGAUGCUCAUCAGUCAUUGGUCCAGACUUCCAUCACUCAGUCAGACCUGGAGACAUGGCAGAGACUCAAGAUUAAUACAGAUAGCAGUGAGUCUGACUCCACCGAUGCUGAAGUGUCAAUCAUAACUCGCAAGGACAACCCCUUCCUGACCUCUGAGAAAGACAGUGAGUGUAAGCAGGAGAAUGAGGAGGGUACAGACAGAGAGAAAGGGGCGAGGGUGGUGAUGCCUGAUGUAAAGACAGAUGACCUGGCCAGAAGGCGGGGCCAAAAUGGGCCUGUCCCACAGAGGGACCCCCGUCAGUCAUUGGCUCAAACUACCAUCACUCAGUCGGACCUGGAGAAAUGGCAGAGGCUCAAGAUGAAUACAGAGAGCAGCGAUGACCCUAUUGUCCCUCUGUGUCAGACGUGUCUUGAGAAAGGCUGCCACUCUGUUGCCUCCAAGACGAAGGUUGCCAAGAACGACCUGGCCAGUUGCCGAGAACGUUCCUCCGGUGAACGGAGGCGUUUUGUGACUUUUGGGGGUGUGACAGAGAUGAAGAGUACUUCCUGGAAGGAGGAGGAGGAGGAUAAGGAAGGGGGAGAGGGACAGGGGGACGAGGCAGAGAAGCUUCGAUAUCUCCUCUCGAUGGCACAUGUUGCUGUGCCCACCAUAGGGCUGGGCUCCAUACUGACAAAAAAAGCGGUUGGCAGUGGAGAUGCAAUCCCUGAGCCUGCUCCUAUCAUGCCCCCUGAACCUCCGAAUCCUUUCAUGUUUGACAUUAAACGGCCUUUGACCUCCACCGAGCACAGGUUGCUGGAGGAGGAACUGGUGGAGAAAGUGAAGGAUAAGAGGGAGGAUGAUGAAGAGGAUGAAGAAGAAGAGAGGCAACUGGAUAUACAAAAGGAUGACAUGCUAGCUCGUAGAACAGGAGCAUUUCAGAAGCCAGCAAAUGGGACUUCACAUAACAGAUUCCUCCCGCAGCCAGGUUCCAAGAGAGACGGUGCUACAGUGACUUCCUUAGCCCAGAAAGGAAGUAUUCUGAUGGGCACGAGUGGAGACAGAGACCUCCAAUACCUGGAGAGAAACAUAAAGACAAAGAGAACCAAGAUUGGACAGAGAAAUGAACCAGUCGACCAAGUACAAAAGACACCCGUUCCAGUUGCUGUAGUAACAGAAAAAUGCCCUGAAAUUUUACAUUUGUCUUCAACUAACGCCAAUCGCUCUGGCAUUUACACUGAUGAUGAUGAAUGGGGGGAUGACGAUCAAUUGCAAGAUUUUGAGAAAGAUGACAUGCUUGCACAAAGGACUGGAUCUUACCAAAAGCCAAGUGCAGGACAGGAUUUUAAUGUUUUUUUGCACAAACCUGGUGCUGUCAAACAUAAAAUCACUCCUGUCAGUAGAUCUCAGUCACACCUCAAGCCUAGAGAGCAAGAGACAGCCCCAUCUCUGGACAGCUUCACCCUUAGCUCUGUGGCCCCGGCCCCAAGAGAUGUUGAGGACACGCCUAGGAAGUGCCCUCAGAUGAUGGACAGGCAGGAGGCAGGCUCUGUGGGUGUGGUGGGACAUGAAAGUCUUAUUAAAGAUGAGCCUAUUACCAAAAGCCCCUCCCCCAAACCUCACCAACCCUCACGUCGCCCCCUUUGGCAGGAAGAUGAUGAUCUCCCCCCAAUAUUCAGAGCUACUAGUGUUUCUGAAACAGAGAGUGUGAGUUUGAUUGACAUGCGUGAUGAAGAGGAUGAGCUGGCCUACCAUCAGCCGCACAGCCAAUCACGACAUGAGCACCUACACAACCAGUACAACAAACUCCGAGAGGAGGAGGACCAGUGGCAGGACGACUUGGCUCGCUGGAAGAAUCGGAGGCGAAGUGCAUCUCAAGAUUUGAUCAAAAAGGAAGAAGAGAGGAAGAUGAUGGAGAAGCUAAUGUCAACAGAUGGAGGACCCGGUCAUCGCCGGAAGAGCAUCAAGACAUACAAAGAAAUUGUUGAGGAGAAGGAACGUAGGGAACAGGAGCUACAUGAACAAUACUGUAAAGCCUCCACUCCAGAAGAAAAGGCAGCUGUGCUUCAACGCUAUGCUCUCCGUUUCACCAUCAGUGAUGCCAUAUUGGAGAAACUCCAGCUCCCCAAGCUGCCUUCUGCAGCCUCACCGAUGCACACGCCACCUCUCCAUCAACCUGAGAAGAAACUGACCUGCACCACCUUAGCAGAAGCAGAGGAUGUAGAGCCUGAACAAACUGUCCAUGUAUACCAGAAGACUGCACAAAAACAGGCACCGGCACAGCCCGAAACCCCUGAGCCAUCAUCUGAUGAGACCAUCAAAGCUCCAAAAGUCCUGUCAGUGCCUACACAAGUUCCUCCCGCCCCCUCGAAGCCUGUACCCAUGAUCACCCCAAAACCCUACAGCCAGCCCAAAUUCAGCCAAGGCCUCUGCAAAUCAAUAAAGAGCGAUGGGCUGAUGCGUGUGAAUGGUGACAGGACUCAGCAAGAGAACAGAGAGAGGGAUGAUAAAGAUUCUGUGUCGUGUCCUCAAGUCGACUUAUCUUCCGCACCUCCAAAUCCAGCCACUCAAAGCCAACAAAAUGAGGAGCUAAUUGCUUUAGAAGCCUCAGACCACCAGCAAAGCUCACAGACUUCCGUUUCUGACCAGGAGAAAGAAGUCGGAAAGAAGGAAAAAGAGUGUUCUCUUAGUCCUCAAGAAGAGGAUAGCAAAGAAGACGCCACAACUACACCGUCACUGUCAGAACCAGAAGGAAAGCAGCCAGGGCCUGACACAGUGAUGAAGCGCAACUGUGUGGUCACAACAACCAUAGUGACAGAACUCACUCAGACACACCCCGUCCCACCAAAUGACAUGUCCAGCACAGAGCAGCUUGAUUCAGUCUGUAAUUCAUGUGAUCUGAGCUCAGCUGCCGAGUCCACCAAGGCUGAGGAGACUUCAUACUCACUCUCACUGACAGAGUCCUCACAUUCCUCUAGUAGCUCUAGGUUACGCUGGGAGUUCUUCGCUCCAACAGAGGGGACUGACUACUCCGCUGACUGUAUUGAAACCCCAAUGUUGAACCUUGCAAAAAGGGUUGACCACUGGACAUGGGAUCCUAAUGAAGAGCGUAGACGGCAGGAGAGGUGGCAACAGGAGCAGGAACGCCUGCUGCAGGAGAAAUAUCAGCGAGAGCAAGAGAAGCUGAAGGAGGAGUGGGAGAGAGCGCAGAGAGAAGUGGAAGAGGAGGAGAGGAGACACCAUGAAGAGGAAAGACAGAUACUGGAGGAAACCGUGACCCCACUGACCCCUCGCUCCUCAGGUUUAUCAUCCAGUGUGGUGACAGAAGCUCCGUCCCACCAGCCCUCAGCCCCACGUGACACCAUUGUCCUCUCCUUGGCUGACUGGGAAAGAAAACAGGAAGUGCUGGAGAAACAGGAAGUGCCGGAGAAACAGGAAGUGCUGGAGAAACAGGAGAACCAGAGUAACAGACACAGCCCUGAUCAAGUAAUCACAGCAGCUCAACAGAACGGUCAGAGAACUGAACCUCAGGAGAGCCAAACAGCUACACCACAACUGGAGUUUAUACAGGAUGGCUCUUGGAGCUGUAAGUCUAAAGGAAGGCAAGAGGAUUUGAAGAAAACUGCCUCACUGGAUCGUAAACAGAGUCCACCCCAGAGCCAGACCACAAAGAUGAGGAGGACUGGGUCGUGUGAAAAUGUUUUAGGGACACACCCAUCAAAAUCACCCACACCAUCACAAGACACGCCACCUCCAUCACCCAGCAGGUCAGUAAGUGGAAAGAAGCUUUGCUCCAGUUGUGCACAUCCGCUGGGUAAAGGAGCAGCUAUGAUCAUUGAAAGCUUGGGGUUGUACUUCCAUAUUCAGUGUUUUAAGUGUGGCAUAUGUAAAGGGUUACUGGGUGACUCAAGUGCUGGAACUGACGUCAGAAUUCGAAAUGGACUUCUUAACUGUCAAGAAUGCUACAUAAAAUCAAGGGCUGCUGGCCAGCCAACAACAUUGUGAUGCCUCUGCACUUCUGACAACUGAAAUCUUAAACCAACCCAGGACCAUAACCAACAACAAAUAUGUUUAUUCAAAGUUUCCAACAGCACAAUCAAGCAUAGACAUUAAUGUAAUUAAAUGGAUUAAAUGGAUGAUGGCUUUUCCUCUGGACUUUAUUUGACUGUCUUUGCACUCGUUGAAAUAUGACCUUAUCGCUUACACGAUAAAGAGUCCAUAGAAUAUUACAGCGAUUACAGCAGUCUGUUCAUACUGUUAGAAUAAGAAGUACUGGUAGCACUUUACCUCACAGUGCCCAUGUUACACACAUUUCAAUAGCGAUAAGGCCUGAAAACGCUUCACGCAAAUAAAGAUGUGCUUUCUUGCAUUAAUGUGCACUAUCCAACCUCAGUUCUAAAGGUGGUGAUAAAGAUAAUGUCAAAUGCCUGUGCCAUUAACUCAAAUAAUAUUUAGGUAUCCACCUGCACUCUCACAACAGUUGUCAGUGGGGCAGUACCUUCUCAAAAGGUACUGAUAUAUACCAUUUAGGUACUAAUACGUACCUUAAAAGUACUAAUAUAGAGAGUGCAUAAAUGUUUAUAAAAAUCUAAAACCAAGAUUCUCUUAAAACUGUUGCAGAUAUUUCAUUUUAUUAGAUGUUUUAGCCAGUGACAUUUUUUGAUGGCUUUUAUAAGUGUGAAAUUGACACCAUACUUUAGUGUGCUCACUACUGAGGGUGCAUAGUUAGAAACAUCUGCAUUCGUGCACUUGUUUAGAGGAUGUUUUUGGCCUAGCAGCAAUGACAUGGAAUUCUAAACUUCCACAAAUGAACUACAUGUUGUUCUUAUGUAAAUACAUUGUAACAUGGGCACUGUAAUGUAGAGUGAGACUGAAUCCAUUUCUGUUGUGGAACAUGAGGUAGCACAAGCAUCCAGUUUUCAUUCAAGAAAAUGUGCAUCUAUUAUUUUAUGAAUAAUAAAUAAUGUCCGGUCUUGCAGGUAUCUCACGUUGUUCUUUUAUGUUAGGCAACUGUUAUUCCACUAACAGACGAACGCAUGAUGUUGUGCGACUCUUAGGCCUAUAGAUGAUAUGUCCGGAAGCCUUAACAGACAACACGGAAUGAAUACAGAAAAGAUUGUCCAUCACUUUUAUUUAUGGUUUGAAAACAUGAACUGGAGUGGUUUUGAUUGAAACGUUCUGUUCCUUGGGGUUUGAUACUUUAUUUGUGCAGUAUUGUUUAACACCAUGUAGACAGCAUGUUGCUUAAGGUAGAUCUUACAUUUCCAUUUGAUUCUUUUUUCAGACUUUGUUAUUAAUAUUUACGUUUUGCUCUGCAGUUGAGUGGUAAGAUUGCAUGAUCCCUGAAACUUUACAUUACAAUGUCCAUGUUACACGUACAUUACAAGCUACUAAAGUAAUAACAUAAACUGUGCAAAGAAGCUCCACAUAAUCAGAAGUAUAUUAUGUAAUAAACACUGUAAUGUAAAGUGUAAUCCUUUUCUUUCAGCUUUUGAAAUGAUUCCGUUACAAACGGUUUAAUGUGUUCUGUUGCCUUUCUCUCUUCUGCAAUGUUGUGCCUUAGAAAUGCGCUCCUAGAUAAUGUCUAUGUCGGCCACCCUUGCAUCCAAAGCUUCAAGUUACCAAUGUGUAUUGGUGAGAGUAUUAUGCAUAUGCACUGGGCACUCUGCUUUUACCCUUGUACUUUAUUCGAACACAAAUGAAUGUGCAAGCAAGAGAUUUAAAAAUGAAACUCACACCCUCUGUAAGCUCUUCAAUCGUGUGCAUUUAGACAUGUACAAUUGUUAAAUAUCUAUAUUUAUCUAAAUCAACUGGAAAGGAUUUCAAUCCAGAUGUCACCAAAAUAUCAAAUUCAACAACAAGGACAGAUUGUAUUUAGCAACUGCUUUUUAACCUCUGUUCAUGCUUUCUGUUAAUAAUUGAGAUUAAAAGAAAUUGUCAUUUAGAUCCAGGGGUUUUUGAUUGUUGCUUGUAUCUUGUUUGUUUUAUUUUGUGGCAUUGUUAGAAUAUGAACUGACACAGAAGUAAGGCAAUAAUUACUGGAAAGAGUAGCCAAGGAUGAGUGAGAUGUGUGUGACAAAUACUUUCAUAUUCUGUAUUUAUUAUACCCUUUUAAAAAUGAGCGAUAUAAGACAACCUACAAGACGCUGAAAUGCAAUGGCUUUUAUAGCAAGUGUAUGUUUUUAAAUAAACUGUAAUAAACUAUUUUAAAUGCA